AUGGCAUGCAGGGCUGAAGCUGCCUCCCCACAAGUCCGCUUAUGGCAGAAGGCCAAUGGCACAAUCACAGAGGCGUCUUUUCUCUUCCAGCAAAUCUUUCAGUUAGGGUUUGAUGCUGCCAAAAACACAAGAAUGUCAUUGUCUGUGCUUAUACCCCUGUUCUUCAUCUUUAUAAACUCUGUCAUGCUCUUUGCUCUAGGAAGCAAGUCAGUAUUUUAUGAAACUCCACGCUACAUUCUGUUUGGUCACAUGCUUAUAAAUGAUUCUGUACUUUUGGCCGUCACAACCAUCAUGUUACUUUUGACUUCUAUCCCAAUGCAAAUCACCAAAGCCUUGUGUGCUCUUUUAGUUUUUAUCUCCCACUGCACUUUCUUUAACUCUCCUCUGACACUUGCAGUGAUGUCUCUGGAGCGGUAUGUGGCUAUCUGCUUCCCUUUAAGACACUGCAACAUUGCCACACCAAGAAGGACCACCAUGAUUUUGGGAUUAAUAUGGACACUUAGCUCUCUAAAUAUUGCUGUGGAUAUUAUUUUUGCAUUACUUGUCAACCCCAAUUACUUAUCAGAUCAUUCAUUUUGCACGCAUGAGAAACUGUAUUUAGCCAAAUGGCAGAUGGAUACAACUCAGGGGUUUGAGAUUUUUUAUUUUGUGUCUGUUGCAGUAAUUAUUAUUUUUACUUACAUUAGGAUUAUGAUCACAGCCAGGUCUGUUACAUCUGAUAAAGAGUCUGCUAAGAAAGCCCUCAAGACAGUGCUAUUGCACCUGAUUCAACUUUGUCUGUGUCUCUCCUCUUUUCUAUAUGCUACAAUAGAGAGAACACUGUACAUGAUGUCAGGUAACAACUCCUAUCUCUUUAUAAACCUCAAAUAUUUAAAUUAUAUUACUGUUCUUAUUCUGCCACGCUGCUUGAGCCCUUUGAUAUAUGGCCUGAGAGACGAGGCCUUGUUACCUUUAUUCAAAUAUUACUUCUGUUAUCGUUCAGGUAAAGCAAAACCCCGUGUUAAUGUACAUUAA